CUGUCGUUACAGCAGCAGCAGCAGCAGCAGCAGCAGCAAGUUGUUUUUAUGGCCUCGACAGCAGACCCGAUGGCGGCAGCAGCAGCAGCAGCUCGCCGUUGCUGUAACAGCAGCAGCAGCAACCCCUCUCCUCUUCGCAUACAACGAGAAGCAGCAGCAGCAGCAACAGCAGAGGCCGAUGCCGACUCUGAGCUGCUGCUGCAAGAGGAGCAGCAGCAGCAACAGCAGCAACAGCAGCAGCAGCAGCAGCAACAGCAGCAGCGAUUAAGACUACAGAAGUAUGGGGCCCGACUGCGGCGUUGGUUGAGGGUGCAGCAGCUGCUGCUGCAAAUAAAGCUUCAACGCAUGCAGCAUCCUCGCUGGCAGCAGCCCACUAUGAAGCAGCAGCAGCAGCUGCUGCUGCAGCAGCUGCAGCAAGACUUUGCAGCAGAAGCAGCUUGGUUGUCUCCCUUAUGGAGACAGCCGCAGGUAUCAAACGCAAGAAAGUUUUUCAGCGAGUUCCUUGUUGCUGCUGCUGCUGCUGUUGCUGCUGAGAAAAACAGCAGCAGCAGCAGUAGCAGCAGCAAACGGCUGUUUCUGCUGCAGCUGGCGGUACUCGGAGGUCAGGCCCAGUUUGCUGCAGCAGAGCGGAAGAAGCAGCAGCAGCAGCUCGCAUCCCUCUACAAACAGCGAACAAAAUUCGUAUACAGCACCAUUCCUGAGAGAAGCAGCAGCAGCAGCAGCAGCAGCAGCAGCAGCAGCAGCAGCGAGUUAGAAGACGCCUUGCAAAGGGCGGCGGAUAGAGAAAUGGAGCUGCGGGAGGCUUUUGCUGCUGCUGUUCGCUAUCAGCAGCAGCAGCUGCAGCAGCAGCAGCAGGAAGAACACCACAUGCCCAGCAGAAGCAGAAGCACAGGCAUGCGCAGACAGCAGCAGCAGCAGCAGCAGCAGCAGCACCAGGUGUACGGGCACCCCUGCAUCGCUAAUGCAGAACAUAUCAUGGAGCUGGGGAAAGCCGAUGCUGCAGCAGCAGCAGCUGCUGCUGCUGCAGCAAAGCGUGUGCAAGAAGUAGAAAGAGAGGUGCGGCUACAGCAGCAGCAGCAACAGCAGCAGGAGAAGCAGCAACACCAACUCAUGCAGCAGCAGCAGCUGCUGAAGCACCAGCUGCGCCUCACCAACCGCCGCAAGACAUAUCAGACAAGUGAGACCCUGCAGCAGCAGCAGCAGCAACUGCAGAAGCAGCAGCACCUGGUGCAGCAGGAACUGCAGCAGCUCGAGCAGCAGCAGGAGCAAGUCAAGCAGCAGCUGGAGGCUCUGCAGCAGCAGCACACCGAGUACCGCAGGCAGCAGCAGCAGCAGCAGCACCAGCACAUGAGCUUUGCUGCAGCAGAAGCAGCGUGGAUUGCAACGUGCAUGCGGUUCUUUCGCAGCAGCAGCUCCUGGUUGUCUUUGCUGCUGCAGCAGCAGCAGGACCAGCAGCAGGCAUCUUAG